UGUUCAAACACGUUUUUAUAACUAAUAUGAAAUGUGCGUUUCUCAGCGUGUCUUUUACUCUGGACUCGAUCAAAUCUGCAAACAGCACACGUUGUCCAAGGUGACUCUGCACACAGCGGAGCCAUCUCCUGCAUCUGACCUCCAACGGGCUCUUUCAUGAUGAUCAACCCUCAAAUUUACCUCCAUUACAACUACACGGGCAAACUCGACCACCGUCCCAACGUGGGCACCAGCCCCGGCAACGUGAACGUGCAAACUAUUCUCUUCCUCGUCAUUUGCUGCUUCAUAGUUUUGGAGAACCUCACUGUGCUCGUGGCCAUAUGGAGGAACCACCGCUUCCACAAUCGCAUGUACUUUUUUAUUGGCAACCUGGCAUUGUGCGACCUUCUCUCCGGGGUCGCUUACCUGGUCAACCUGCUGCUCUCUGGGGACAGGACUCUCCAGCUUUCCCCUGCUCUUUGGUUCAUGAGAGAGGGCAGCAUGUUUGUAGCACUCGGGGCGUCUAUUUUCAGUCUUUUGGCGAUUGCGAUUGAGAGACACUUGACUAUGAUCAAAAUGAGGCCCUAUGACGCCAACAAAAACUACAGGGUGUUUCUGCUCAUUGGGGCUUGUUGGUUGAUCGCUAUAUCUCUUGGCACUCUACCAAUUAUGGGUUGGAACUGUUUGGACAACUUGCCAGAUUGCUCAACGGUGCUGCCCCUCUACACAAAGAAGUACGUCGCUUUCUGCAUAACCGUUUUCAUGGUUUUGCUUCUGGCCAUGUCCAUCCUAUACGCAAGGAUCUACAUAUUAGUCAAGUCGAGUAGCCGCAAAGUGAGCAAGCACAGCAACUCCGAGCAUGCCAUGUCCCUACUUCGGACCGUCAUUAUCGUUGUGGGCGUCUUUAUCGCCUGCUGGACGCCGAUAUUCGUGUUGCUCUUAGUGGAUGUUGCAUGCGAACAGCGAUGGAAGUGUCCCAUUCUGUAUAAAGCAGACUGGUUCAUCGCUGUGGCAGUGAUCAAUUCCGCCAUGAAUCCUGUCAUUUACACACUGGCCAGUCGGGAAAUGAGAAGGGCAUUCCUAGGGUUGGUGUGCGGGAUUUGCUAUAAAGUGAAGGCAUCUGCAAAUGGGAGCGGAACAAAGAAGUCACUGGAACCGAGCCGGAGCAGGAGCAAGUCAUGGAGCAGCCAGAAUAACCCCAACCAGAGUCAGGUCACCGGGACGAAAACGGUGCAGCUGGGCCAGGCUGAGGACAGUCAGGUGCCAGGCCAGGUGUCUGUGGUCACUGGAGGUGCGGCUGAAGGAUGAAGGAUGAAGGACGGGCACAAAGAGAGAGACGUCCUGAAACAAACUGGGAAUGAGCUGCUGCAACUGCUGGACAGUUAACAGAAUAUUAUGUGUAUGUAGUAAUAUUUAUCUGCAUGAUCAUCAACGUGUAAGCCAGUGUAACUAGUCCAGUAUGAAUGAAUGAACUCAAAUCUUCUCAACAUUUGACCACUAAGCAAAU